CGCGAUCUGACGCUGACGACCACCGGCUAACGAUGAGGUCAGGAGAGAAUCAGGAUCCUCAUGAGCCGGGGUACAUAAGGCCUCCUUACGGCGCGGCCCCCUCCCUCCUCUCAUCCACCACCUCCGAUAGCUUUCUAAGGACAUUUUCUCUCUGCUUGCUCAGCUUCUUUCCUCACGCACGCGUCGAACCAUUUUCCACGAAUCCACACUUGCAGGUGAAUUUGUCUUCGGUCUCGGGCAAGCUACUGUCUCUGGCCGUAUAUAACUGGACUCCUGGACGUCUCCUUGUGCUCUUGAAUCCUAUCUUGCCAUACACUCCUACACUCUGUUACGAUGGUCGAAACUAUAAUUCGUGAAGUUUGUCCCAAUGUUUGGACCUUUUCUCGCCCAUUCUCCCGCUUCGGCAUAAUGCCCAUAGGUGGUCGCUCCACCGCCGUCAAACUGUCCAACGGUGACGUCUGGGUCAUGGCCUCUACUCCGUUGGAUGAACCCACCAAAGAGACCCUCGCGAGGAUGGGUACCGUGAAAUAUAUUAUUGGUGCAGAUUCGGUGCAUCAUCUUUAUUUGGGCGAGUUCCAGAAAGCAUAUCCGGACGCAAAGCUAAUCGCUGUAGAAGAAGCCGUCAACAAGAAGAAAGAGGAGAAGUUGAAUUGGGCAGGCUGGUGGGCAGAUAAUGACAGGGAGAAAACAUUUGGGUUUGAGGAUGAGAUCAAAUCAUGUUAUUUCUCCGGCUUCAAGAACAAAGACAUGGCUUUCCUGCAUCAACCAUCCAAGACGCUUAUACAGGCCGAUCUCAUGUUUAACAUGCCGGCUACCGAACAGUACUCCAAAUCCUGGUUCUCCGGCCGCCUACCUUUCGGCCUUGGGGACUUGACGCCCUUCUCGGGUGGCCAUCGCUCGCUUUCUAAAAGGAUGGGUGUGGAUGUCGAAGCGAUGAAGCGCGAUUGUAAGACGGUCGCGGCGUGGGACUUUGAGAGGAUGAUUCCCUGCCAUGGUGACGUGCUCGAAAAGGACGGAAACAAGGCCUUCCGGAGCUGUUUCGCUGAUUUCUUGGAGUAGUCCCCAUACACUGUUCGUGAGCUGUAACUUGCAUGUACGUGCCUUGACGUCUAUUGUCUAUUGUGUGUUCCCUGCGAUUCUCCGUAUACUAGAGCUUGAUCACAUUUUUUGCAUUGUAAUUUCCUUUCUAUUAUUUCUCUGUAUUGCUGUACAUGGAUAUCUCGUGAGUACUGCUGUGUGCAGCGGCAUUCUGAGUGAUGUAUUACGACUCUCGGUAUUGAACGACCGCUCCAGAUGCGAAUACAAG